AUGGAUCCCCAGCAAGUAGUUGAACACCACUCCGAGCAUGAGCUCGAACACGGCCAAAAGCUGAAGUCCGAGAUGGAAAUCGAAUCUCAGGGUUGGGUUUUGAGCGGAACUCCCGUGCAGAAUUAUGUUCAUGAAUUCUACCCCCUCUCGACUUUCUCGGGCGACGUUGCGCGGGAGCGCCUAUUGAAUCUGCUUCGCUCGUUCAUAAUUCGAAGGACUUACACCAGUCGCCUGUUUUGCUCGCCUGUGGUCACACUUCCAGAAGUCAAAGAGCUCUUAAUCGAGACUGAGUUCUGCACCGCUGAAAUCAAGGAGUUGCUGUCCGGAGAUCUUAUGAGAACACUCAACAAGAUUGCCAAAUAUUCCAAGGGUUGGGACGAUCCUUCGAUGAAAAUUGCCCAAAUGCUUCGAGGGAUGACCGAAAAUACUUUUCCCGCCCGGCCAAACCAGAGAAUCGAGUCUGGGGAAGAAGUGGUCUCAGAGCCGCAGGAAGACAGCCCUGAAGUUGUUCAGAAGUUCUACCAGUUUAUGAAAAAUUUUCAUGACGGAGAUCAAUGGAAUGAAAGACUCCAACGAACAAUGUGCCCGCGCUGUGGAGGCCAACCGGUAAACCCGCUUCUUACAUCUUCUCUUCCGAAUUGCGUCGCCUUUGUCGAAUGUAACGAAGAAAUUACAGCUACUACAUCCGGGGUCCCUGUGGAAGAUAUGGAUUUGGAAAAUGCCCGGUCUUCUCCCGCCAGGCGGACAAAGAAGAAGGGAAAAUACAGAUCCUCGAGGGCUGAGUCUGAUCAAAAGGAAGAGUCGGACUGGAUUGGAGUCUGCGCGGCGCAAAUGCCGAGCGCGAAAUUAACCAAAAUCCGAGAGCUGAUAACCCAAUGGAUAGCGGAAAACCCUGAAGUCAAAAUUGUUAUUUUCACGCAGUUUAUGGAUUUUGUCCGAAUCUUGGGCAUCAUGUGUGAAACUCAAGACUGGCCUCAUGCAGGGAUGCGUCCACACGCCCGGUUCGCAAGCGUCGAGAAGUUCAAAAAACAGGAUGACAUGAGGAUUUCCAUUGUCAGUCUGAAAGCCGGAGGAACAGGAUUUGAUAUGCCCAUAGCAAGCAAAUGCAUCCUUGUCGAUCUCUGGUGGAAUGAAGCAGUCGCAGACCAGGCGCUUGCUCGGAUUUAUAGGAUCGGCCAGGAGAAUAAGGUGGCAUUCGUCAAAAUAAUCGUGAAGAACACUAUUGACGUCCCUCAAUAUCUCGGACACUAUGGGAGAAAACCCCCAGGAAAGCCGAGCAACAGUUUCCGACUUGUUACGAAUUUUCGCCGACGUGAAAGAUAA